AGAAGCCCCUGAAAUGGCCAGGGAUGUUGGGGAGGAGAUGAAAUGGCAGGUAUCUAAUGGUGUGAGUGGGUAAUAGCUUUGAUUUCCUGACCUACUCCCUACCAUCUCCUCUGACCUGAGCAUUUUGUUCCCUGAGCCCCACCUCCCAGGGCAUCUCAGCUGUCCCAGGCCCCAGAUGUGCGUCUACAUUCGGAACCCUCUUGGGGCAACCCUGCUCUUCGGUUCCCCUCGGAGCCGAGGUCUCCGGUAUCCCCGCCCCACCCUCUCGCGGGUGCGCCUUCCUGGCGCCGCUCCCCGAGACUGGAGGGGCAGAACGCCCGGCACCCUGCUCUGCCCUGGAGACCGAGGCUCCUCGCUCACGCCCUCCUGCCCGCCUGCUGGGGAGUCACUGCGGCUGGUGCGGGGGGCGGGGGUGGGCACGGCGGGGAUUUUCCUGAUUUUCACCCGGCGUCCCUCAGCCCCUGCCACCGUGUUGGUUGCGGACCCCAUUCCGGCUGCCCGCUUCUCUCGAAGGGGGUCGGGCAUCCGGAGAGGGUCUGGGGGCGCCGCCGCCGGGCCCCCGCCCCGCCCGCAGCCCGCUCCUCCCCGCGCGGCCCCACUUGUGGCCCCGCCGGCAGGCGCGCAGGGACAGCUGCAUUUCUCGCCGCCCGCCGCUAGGAAGCUGGCCUCGCCUCGCGUUCUCCGCCUCCUGCUCCCCAGCUGCGCGGCCGCGCCGGGCCCGCCGCCGCCGCCGCCGCCGCCGCGGGAUUGCCUCCCCUCCCCCAGCCUGCCGGCCCCACCGGCCCGCAGGGCGCGGACGCGCGUGGCGGCUGCUCGGUGUGACCUCCGUGGAACCGGCCCCAGGAUGCUCCGUGGGUGUGGAUGACCAGCCGUCCUGCCCCCCACGGCCCAGGCCCGGAUGCCGCCGCCCCUCGAGGACCGCUCCCCGAGGGCCGCCGGUGGCCCAGCGCCCUAGUCUCCUGACCCGGGGACCCCGCCCGUCUGGUCCCCGCCUGGCCGCCCAGGGGCCGGGGGCGGCGCGGGAGUAGCUUCCUGAGCCCGCCGAGCGCGCGGCGACGGCGCAGGGACCCGGGGGAAGGGGCUCGGCGCCGGCGGGCAGCACUUUCGCCCAGCGGAUCGGCAAAAUGACCAGCCUGUUCCGCAGGAGCAGCGGCGGCAGCGCCGGGGGCGGCUCCGCCGGGGCGCGCGGGGCUGGGGGCAGCGCGGCGGCUGCCUCGCAGGAGCUCAACAACAGCCGGCCCGCCCGCCAGGUGCGCCGCCUCGAGUUCAACCAGGCCAUGGACGACUUCAAGACCAUGUUCCCCAACAUGGAUUACGACAUCAUCGAGUGCGUUCUGCGCGCCAACAGCGGCGCCGUGGACGCCACCAUCGACCAGCUGCUGCAGAUGAACCUGGAGGGGAGUGGUGGCAGCGCCUACGAGGACAGCUCUGACUCCGAGGACAGCAUUCCCCCGGAGAUCUUGGAAAGGACUUUGGAACCGGAUAGCUCCGACGAAGAGCCCCCACCUGUGUACUCCCCGCCAGCCUACCACAUGCACAUGUUUGACAGGCCUUACCCUCUGGCUCCCCCAACUCCACCUCCCCGCAUCGAUGUGCUGGGCUCUGCGCCCCCUUCCAGCCAGAGGCGCUAUCGGAACUGGAACCCACCACUGCUAGGCAACCUCCCCGAUGACUUCCUCCGCAUCCUGCCGCAGCAGCUAGACAGCAUACAGGGCAACCCCGGGGGCUCCAAGCCCAUGAGUGGAGAGGGAGGCAUGCUCCCCGUGGCUGGGCCUGGGACCCGGGACCAGGAGAGCCGCUGGAAGCAGUACCUGGAGGACGAGAGGAUCGCGCUCUUCCUGCAGAACGAGGAGUUCAUGAAGGAGCUGCAACGCAAUCGCGACUUCCUCCUGGCCCUGGAGAGAGAUCGAUUGAAAUAUGAGUCCCAGAAAUCCAAAUCCAGCAGCGUGGCUAUGGGAAAUGACUUGAACUUUCCCUCUCCUGCCCCAGGAACCAGUGACGCCAACUCCACUGUGUCUGAAGAUGCCUUAUUCAGGGACAAAUUGAAACACAUGGGAAAAUCCACCCGGAGGAAGCUGUUUGAACUGGCCAGGGCCUUCUCAGAGAAGACCAAGAUGAGGAAGUCAAAGAGGAAACACUUGUUGAAGCAUCAGUCGCUGGGGGCUGCUGCGUCAACAGCCAAUCUCCUGGACGACGUGGAGGGCCACACCUGUGAUGAAGACUUCCGGGGAAGGCGACAGGAAGUGCCCAAGGUGGAGGAAACCCUAAGAGAAGGACAGUAAGAGAUGCCAGCAGUUCCUCCUUGCUGGAGAUGAUCUGACCCAGUAGAGGCAGCCAGAGAGCAAAACCGGCCCCCAGUUGAAGAACCCAGCUGCAGCCGGACGGAUGGUACUUGAGUACCAAGGCCCAGUGAUUCUCCGGCCACAGUCCAGCCCAGCCACUGCCACUUUCCAUGGGACUUAGAACUUCGGACUAAGUUGCGUGCUGUGAUUGGAGGAAGGACCUGGGGUGGGGCAACAGCCAACCAGAACCCCUUUUGUAGCCAGGAUGUUUUAUGGGUAAUGAGUGGAAAUGCAGGCUACAACCUCCCUUCUUAAAACAAAAACAAAAACAAACCCAGAAAACAGGCAAAGGGCAGGAUGACCCUGAGGCUCUUUGGCCUGAAAGUGGAGCCCCUGCCUCCCACUCUUGCCCGUCUCCCCUGCGGGAUCCCCCACCCCUGUCCACAGCUCCCUGUUGGGCACCUUGAGUCCAUCUGCCUCCUGCAGCUCAGCCUUUUCCCGGGGCUGCUGGCCCUCGGCACAGCCCCUGCACAGAGCUUCAGGUGGGAGAGCCCCAGGCACUUGGGGGGGACCCUCUGAGGAGUGAUGGGCCACAACAGAAGUAUCUGCUGAUUGACCUGCCUGGGCCCCUCAGGCUGCCUUUGCUAGGGGCUGGCAUGACCCCCAGCAGUGAUGGGGCGGGUGGCCACCCGGAGCUGGAGGACUCUGGCUAGACAGGGGUAGUCCAUACUUUGACAGAGGGCAAAAAAGUCAGUUCUGGAUGGAACCCUGCAGUCCCAACAGUGGGGGCUCACAGGGGCUCUGAUUCCCCGGCUGGACUAGAAGUUCUGCUGUCGCCACGGGUGGGCAGCUGUGGUUUCUGAAGUGACCCUUGAGAAGGUACAGGCCUGAGGAGCAAGGUGAAGAGGCUGCCAGCCUGGAUGGGAGCGCCUGAGGCACAAGGGCUUUCUGGGUGCCCCUUGCCAAGAGCGAGGAGGUAAAUGAUCCGAGGAGGAAAACUCCAGUUCUACAAACCUUACCUGGCACCAACCACUGCCAACGGGAGGGAGACUGCCUGGUCUCCCUGGCCCCACUGUAGUGAUGGGAACACACCGACCUCUCUCGGGAGACCCUGGAAGCCUGGGCAGCCCGAGGCUUGGCUCCCCAUCCCCCCCUCCCCGCCCCCGGAAUGUGGAACCAGCCCAACCGCGCGCGGGGCUGGGAGCGGGAGCCAAACCUUGGCGGGGCCCUGGUGGCCUCAAAUCACCCCGAGAUAAUGAGGGCAUGGCGGGCUCUCAGCGCCGCGGCGGAGGCGACUGAGCGAUCGCUCCUCGUUACUCGUGUUACUAGAGGAGGGCCUGGCCGGACUUAGACGGGAGGGGCCGGGACGCGCUACUGCCGCCACGUGUGACCAAGUUUGGAAGCGUGCGCGCCGGUCCUGCAGAGCCGCCUAAACCCCCUCCGCGCCAGGACCCGGUGCACCGCGGGGAAGACCCAGCCCCACGUCCGUGUGUGUUGCUUUGUUAGUGUUUGUUUUCUCCUAUGUGUGGGUUUUUUUCUUGGGGCUGUUUCAUAGAAAUUCCUGUAAUAAAGACUUGGUGUUCUCUUGGUGCUCUGA